CCUCUCAUAUUCUUCGUAAGCCAAAUUCUGAAAACCCAGACGAUGAAGAGGAAGAGGAGUUCAUAAAAUUCGAACUUUUAAUAAGUCGGAGAUUUAUUGAGGGUAAAUAUGUUCUUUCACAUUUCGUUGGAGAGGAAUAUGCAGCUCCACCCUCGACACUUCGGCCCUCAUCUUCGCGAGAAGCUCGUCGCCAAGCUCAUGAAGGACGUCGAGGGUACUUGCAGCGGAAGGCAUGGGUUCGUUGUGGCAAUAACAAGCGUUGAGGACAUUGGAAAGGGUUUGAUCCGUGAGGGCACGGGCUUUGUCACUUUCCCUGUGAAGUACCAGUGCGUGGUUUUUCGGCCCUUCAAGGGAGAGAUCCUGGAAGCCGUAGUCACUAUGGUUAAUAAGAUGGGUUUUUUUGCCGAGGAUGGGCCGGUGCAGAUCUUCGUGUCAAAUCACCUCAUCCCGGAUGAUAUGGAGUUUCAGUCAGGAGAUGUGCCUAACUACACAACGUCUGAUGGCUCGGUCAAAAUCCAAAAAGAUAGUGAGGUGCGGUUGAAGAUUAUUGGUACUCGAGUUGAUGCCACAGAAAUUUUCUGUAUUGGCACAAUCAAAGAUGAUUUCUUAGGUGUCAUCAAUGAUCCCGGUGCAGCUUCCUGAGUUCUUUUGGUUGUUAUCUGUAAACAUUAUUCAGGUGAUCCUCCAAAUUUCAAUUUUGCAUUCAGUUUAAAUUUGGCAUUUUUCAACAUUGUUUAAUGUGAAAAUUGCCUGAUUUGCUGAUUAUCAUUCCAUAUAUAUUUACAUAUAUUGGGGGGCUAAUGAAGCAGAUUGAAAUUUUCUAUAGGCAAUGUGUCAAAUAACCCAACAUAAUAUAUGAUCUAAUCAGAUGUGUCUCAGAUUAUAAGAACAAGUCUCUGUUAAGUAGCUUUGAUGAUAUAUAUAUAUAUAUAUAUAACACCUAAGUUUUAUGUUUUGCAUGUAUGCUACUUUAUCUAUGUAUGAAAAUAUAUAUUUAUUU